GUGCGCGCUUGACCCAUCUGGAAUAUUUUUCACAGACGCCAUUUUCUUAGACUCGCGAUGCGGAGCAUAUGAGGACGCAAAACAGCGAAAUUAAGUGUUUAAUCUUACUCACAAUAUGUGUUUUGUAAUAUCAUAUCGUUUUAUAGCGAUAUUUAUAAGGUGUGUGUGCCUAAACGUUUUUUAAAGACAUUUCUUCCACUCGCGAGGCGGACCAGACGAGGAUGUUUCUUUUUAAAAGGGAAACGCCGAAAGUUAAGUGUUUUAUCUCAUUUAUAUGUAUUUCACAACAUCAUAUUGAUUUAUAGCGAUAUUUGUGUGAUGUGUACUCCUAAACUUUUUCUCAGAGCGAUAUUUUCCUUCACUCAUGAUGCGGAGAAGACGGGGAAAUUGGUUUUAUCAUGGAAAACACAGAAAAUGCAUUUGAAUGGCUGUGCAUUGACACGGACCUCACUUUUAACAGGGGAAACAUAAGAAAGAGACAUUUUCUUUCACUGGCGAUGCGGAGCAGACGGGGAAGUUGGUCUUCUCGAGGAAAACACUGAGUGAGUUAAAUUGUUCGUCAUUCAAAGUGAUUUUGUGCCCUCACAAGUCUUGGAAUAUGGCACAUGAGUCACAAUGGUUCAUGCUGGCUUAACAGAAAAAUCGAAAGGAGAUGAUGUGCUUGAAGAGUAUGAAGCCACCAAUACAUUAAGUGUGAUGAGAAGAGCUUUGUUAGGACACAUACCAGAGACAUGGGUGCAUUCAUUUUGGUAGGAGGAGUCCAACCAUAAGUGAACAAAGACAGAAGGUGUGGAACCACAUGAGUAUAAAUAAAUGAUGACAGAAUUUUCAGUUCUGGGUUAACUAUUCUUAUAUUAACCUACAGCUUCCAGCUCUGAUCCAUGCUAUGAUUACAACACUCUUGAUGAAGACUGGAGAGACGUACUGCAAAACCGACAUCACUACUAUGGUUAUGAUGACACCCAUGAUGAAUGGAGUGGCUGGUAUCGUCUGUAUUUGAAUGGAGAAAGUGCCUUUGAAUGUAUUUGAAUGGAGAAGAAUUACCGACCCAAUAAGCCAGAUGGAAUUCGUGGAAGCGGUCGCCGCCCUAGCCCUCCUGGAUCUCCCCUUCUUUAAAUUUGCGAGCCAGUUCUGUGAGCUCACGGAGAAGAUGACGCUGGCGGACUCUGUCAUCAUAGAGACGUUCUGGCUCGGGGCCACUUACCACCGUCCCAUGGACCUCCCAGACACCGCGGGAUUAUGUUGGAGAGAGGCCAUUCUUCGGUGUCUGGGAAGCGUCCGGGCCCGAGCCGGAACCCAAUCGUCAGCCGCGAUCCACGGAUUCCAGCCGCCGUCCGCGGCCACGUCAAACCCACUGACACGGAAGGCGGCAAACCCGCCAAGAAGUGCGGCUACCCCGCCGAGAGAGAGUGCGGCCAACCCGCCGACAGAGAGUGCGGCCAUCCCGCCGACAGAGAGUGCGGCCAUCCCGCCGACAGAGAGUGCGGCCAUCCCGCUGACAGAGAGUGCGGCCAUCCCGCCUAGAAAUGUGACAAACCCGCUGGUCCCGUCCAGCUCUCCUGUGCCUGUGCUGGUCCCGUCCAGCUCUCCUGUGCCUCCGCUGGUCCCGUCCAGCUCUCCUGUGCCUCCGCUCGUCUAGUCCAGCUCUCCUGUGCCUUCGCUGGUCCCGUCCAGCUCAUCUGAGUCUCCGCUGGUCCCAUCCAGCUCCGCGCCUCCCGAGCGCAUUCAAGAGUUCGCGGUUCAAGAGCGCCCCCCUGUGCCUGCGCCAAAAAGGUGCCUCCCUAGCUUCGCGCCUCCCAAGCGCAUUCAAGGGUCCGCGCCUCAAGAGCGCCCCCCUGUGCCUGCGCCACGAAGGCACCUCCCUAGCUCCGCACCGCCUGAGCGCCCCCAAGAGUCCGCGCUUCCAGAGCACCCCCAAGAGUCCGCGCUUCCAUAGCGCCCCCAAGAGUCCGCGCUUCCAGAGCACCCCCAAGAGUCCGCGCUUCCAUAGCGCCCCCAAGAGUCCGAGCUAAGAAGUAGGGCCACCAACUACAUCAAAAAAAAUUUGGGGGGGGGGCCAUAUACCUGUCAUCCUGAUGGCCAUAGUGGCCAUGUUCCGGACUUUGGCCAGGGCCACUAUGGCCACUCCGCCGAGGCCCUCGGAGUCCACCACGGUCUAAGAGCUGCCUGUACCGCCCUGGACGCCUCCUCAAGUGUCUGUGUAUCUCCGUCCUGCUCCGGCGUCCAGGGCGCCCACCCCCCCUCCCCGUUGGAACUGUUACGGCGCGGGACGCGCCUACCGGGAGGGGGAGAUACUGUUACAUGUCUGCCUGUCUGUGAUCCCCGUUUUCCUUAUUUGGUUUAGUUCCUGCCCUCAUUAGUUAAUUAUCAUUUGAUUGUCUCAAGCUGAGUUUGAUUAUGUUGUUUUGCUCUUUGGUUCUCUCCCCUUUAUAAGUCCUGAGUUCUCCCUUUGUGUUUGUCGGUAAUUAAGUUUAUUAAAUGGAAAAGUGUGUUGAAGCCAUUUG